AUGCUGUCCUACGUGCUCCAGUCAGACACCAGUUCAGCAUGUGCGUGCAGGAGAACUAUCGUUGAUAAAAUGGUUUCCCGAGAAGAAGCAUUGAUACAAAUGGUUAGCAACGAAGAUUAUGAGGCUGUGUGUGUCUUGUUAAAAAACAAAGUAAAUAUAAAUUAUCAAAAUAAUGUGGGAGUCACUCCUCUUCUUUGUGCUACAGAGAAGGGUAACUACCGAAUAACAAAAUUGCUGUUGGACCAUGGUGCAGAUUGUAAUGGAAGAGGAAGAUUGACAGAAUUCCAUUAUUCUAUGGGUAUUCCUCGCCAUGAACGUGUUUUGGAAUGGACACCAUUAAUAAAUGCUGCUAUGUACGGCCAUCCUGACGUAGUUAAGCUUCUAAUUGAAAAUGGUGCUGAUAUCAAUUUCAGAGAUAUCAAUGGAAGGUCAGCACUAAAUACAGCUUUGCAGCAAAGUAUGCAAAAAUGUGCAGAAAUUCUCAUAAGAAAUGGAGCAGAAGUGACGACACUUGAGAUUGCUACAGCUAAAUUUACUUGCCCACACCUUGACAUUAGAAAACUUUUGGUUGAGAGAGAAAGAGUCAAAAAAUUGGAAACUAAAAAUCGUAAUUUAUCUUUGCAUCCAGCUGCCAGAUGUGGAAAUAGAGAGGAACUUCGGGAAUUGAUUAAGAAAGGAGCUGAUAUAAAUCGGCAAGAUAAAGAAGGAAACUCUGCCCUUCAUGUGGCAUUAGAGAAUGGUAAAUUGGAUUGUGCAGAAUUCUUAAUAAAGAAAGGUGCUAAUGUGAAUAUUAAGGGUAAAAAUAAAAGUACUCCCUUACAUGUAGCAGCAUUUCUGGGUUUAACGAAAAUUAUUCCAUGUUUGGUUGAACAAGGUGCUAUUAUUGAUGCAAAAGGUGAUGAUGAUAUAACUCCUUUACACUUUGCUGUUUUUCAUUCAUUCCCAUUGUGCGUUAAACAGUUGCUUGAUUAUGGUGCUUCUGUUAAUGCAACGUUUGCUGGUGGUAAAACGGCGUUGCAUGUUGCAGUAUCAAAAUCUUCAGAUUGCAUUGAAUUGUUGCUGAAAGAAAAUGCUGAUAUUUUUGCAAAAGAUGAUUUGGGGGUCUGUCCUUUAGAACUUUCCAUUGAAUUGGGGUAUGAUGCUUUUAGAAAACUUAUUCCUGGUAAUUACAAAAUUUCGAGUGAAGAUGGUACUACCCCGUUUCACAUUGCUGCACAUUGCUGUAGGAUUGAUUGUUUACAAAAGAUGAUUGAAGAUGGUUGUGAUGUGAAUAUUAAAACGAACUGUGGUGAUACUCCUCUACAUUUUGCUUGUAAAGGAGGAGUCGCACUGAGUGCUGUUUUUCAUGAAUUACCUGAAGAAGACUCUCAAAAUGUGGAAAUGUUAGUUCAAGCUGGGGCAGAUAUACACACACAAAAUGUGUUGGGCAUGUCUCCGAUACAUGUAUGUGCCAAAAACGGCCUCGUUGCACCAAUGAGAGCAUUGUUGAAAGCAGGUACAGAAAUAAAUUCUCAGGGAGGAGAUAAAAAGCAGACUCCAUUGCAUUAUGCAGCUGAAUCUGGCAGUUUAAUAUGUAUUAAAUAUCUGGUUGAGAAGGGAGCUGACAAAUUGGCUGUCAAUUCUGAUAGUUUCACUGCCCUAAUGCUUGCAGCCAGAAAUAAUCAUUUUUCAUGUGUGAAAUUCUUACUUCAAAUUGAUGUACCUCUGUGGAUUCCUUGAGUAAUAGGAAAUUAUUGUUGGAAGUUAUGAUGUGAUUUGUGAAUACAUGCUACAUAUUGCUGUUAUAUUUAAAAAAGUUUGUUUUUGGUCAGUAGAUUAUAAAAUAAUAAUUAAUGUGACCUUUUAAAUAUUUGAGAUUCAAAAAAAUUAACCUGUGUUGUUUUUUUUGUAAAAGUCUAUAUUUUACAGAAAUUGAUUUCACAGUAAGAGACUGCUUUUUCUCCCUUGAUAUUUUUUGGUGCAACCAAUUUUUUGGUUGUGCUUUCGAAAAUUUUUGCUGGUGGGUAUUUGCUUCAUCAAGACUGAUUACAUUCUGUCUGAGCAUCAGAUAUUUUAUUAACUUGUUAUUAUAUUCCUUAAUAUGGACCUCAAGCUUUAAGAACCUUUGACACAUGAGCAUCAUGAACCUUUUUAAUCAUGGAUGUGAAAACAGCUUGCCAUUUCUAACUUAUAAUUUUGAGGGAGAUGACAUUGUGAGUAAAAGUUUAACUUUUUAAUUAUCCAUAUAUUUUUAUUAAAAUCCUAUAAAUUUAACUGAACUCGUGACAAAAGACAUAGUGCUUGCUGCUGCCAUAUUUUUGUUUUUUUUUGCCAUUAUGUAUUUUAUAAGUUCUUAGGAAGUAGGCAACACUCUAAUAAUUCAGUGAUCAGAUAGUUGUUCGGUGCCUGUUCUGGGGAAGAAGAAUUUAUUAUGUAAUAAUGUGAAUGUAUUAAAAAUAUAUUAUUUGUUGUGAUGUAUCAGUAUAUGAAGAGCUCUAAUAUUUUCUAGUGUUAAUAAAGAAUAUUUUCAUAUUCUUAAUGUGUGAUUGACAACUGAUUGUCUUAUAAAAAUAUUACUUAUUAAAUUGUGACCAAUAAAUUUUGGAUACUUUUGAUCUUGAAAGUGGCUUUAUUGUCAUUAAAUGUGAAUGAUUUCCUUUUUUGGUAUCUUGAUUUUGAAACACUCCAAUAUAUUGGUUAUUGAAAAUAGCUUAAUGUGAUUAUUGCUGAAAUAGAUUCAUUGUAUGUUAUGAAAAUUAAAUAUAUGUACAAAAUGUAUGCUACCUUAAGACUUCAACAGUCAUGAAGUCAAUUCUGUUCCUAAUGUAGUCAAUGUUUUAAAUGUUAUAGUAAAUGUUUAAUUAUGUUAAAAUAAAUGUGCAAGAUCAUUAAUUUUGCAAUGUUAAAUAUAUUUAAUAUGUAAACUUGAGUGUUAUUAAAUAUUAUAUUUAUCAAAGUUAAUAUAUUAAAUAAAUAAUUUCUUACUUAACAUACA